AAAUAUUUGUUCUUCAGCACAGAUACGGAGCACUGAAUGCACGGCCCUUGAUUUCUCAGAAGACCCGUCCCUUCGUUUCGAUUCGCAACCGUGACUGACGCUUUGCCAAUCAGCAGGAGAAGCGCGGCGGUUGCAGGGAUGGUAGUCAUGUCGAGCAGCAACUCCUUCGCCAAGGAGAUGGCAAUACGAAAGCGAAUCUCCAACAUAUUCAAUAAAAGGGAAGAUGAUUUUACAUCCCUAAAAGAGUACAAUGACUAUUUGGAAGAAGUGGAAGAUAUGACUUUCAAUUUAAUAGAAGGAAUAGAUGUUGAUGCAAUUGAAGCUAAUAUUGCUAAAUAUCAAGAAGAGAAUGCUGAGCAGAUUAUCAUUGCCCGGGCUCGUAAGGCAGAAGAAUUAGCAGCUGCACUAAAGGCAAGUAAAGGACCUGUACAGAUGGAGACUGCUGACUUGAGUGCUGGAUUGAGCUCACAAACAACCAUUGCUGGCUCGCAAGGGCUGUAUGCCCCAACUGCUCUACCUGGCGCUGCGCUCUUGCAACCGCGGCCGACAGGCAUGGUUCCUCAGCCUGUACCAAUUGGUGGUCCAAGUAAUCACCCCCAUUCUUAUUCUACUGAGGAUGAGGAAGGGAUGAAGAUGAGGGCAGAGAUAGCAGCGAGAGCCGGAGGAUGGACUGCGGACUUGAGUAGGAAAAGAUCGCUCGAAGAGGCAUUCAAUAGUAUUUGGAUUUGAUAAAUUUCUUCAAAGAAAAAAGUAAGUGUUGAUUCUAUUAGAUCAUUUUGGAGGGGUGGGAUGCUGAGUAACAUGGCUGAUGGCUACUGUAAUUCUUGUGUCAUUUAUUUUCUCCUGGGGUGGCAAAGCACAGCACCUACAAAUCGUAAUGCAUGUUUAGUAUUGAGGAAUAGUGCUAUUGCAAAUUUAUAUUCUCAAACUGCAGCAAAUACCUGGAGAGCUGAAGGUGAGGAUUUUUGCGAGCCAGAUGUAUUUUCAACUUUUUUAGAUGGAUUGUCUAUAUUUUAUAAUUAUAGUUUUAUAAACUGAUUAAGA